AUGGAGCACACACAGAAAGAGGAGAAACUUACUGUCUCAGGGGUACUCGGAGCCCCAGAGAUCGGCGCGGAUACCAUUAUCGUCCCAGAUGGUGCCACGUCGUCAUCUUUCUAUGGGCUAAGUGAGGAGCGCACCGCGGGCUCCUCACCUGAAUUGGCUACCGCGACGACGAUCAUCGAUGUGGCAGGAGUUGCCGCUAUAGUGGAGCUACGAGAAGGAGAAACCCCAGUGAUGUUGCCACCCGACACUGGAGAAGGUAAAAUGGAAGUAGCUGCAGAAACCUCCAACAAGAGGAAGAAGAUGAUCGAGGACUCGGGAUCGGAAGAUCAGGAGAUAUACCGUCCCAAAUUUAACAGAAAGGUGAAGAGAGAUAGGAGCAAGAAGAAUGUCUUCGUAUCGGACACGGAGGAUGAUGCCACGGAAGAUCAAGUGGAUUCCAAAAUUCUUUCAGAGGGCACACUGAAAGAUGGAAAUAAAUCCGAUGGAAAAGACGAAUCACAAUGCUCCGACGAGGGCGAAGGAAAAGUAACCAAGGCUAAAAGAGGCCCGGGAAGACCACCCAAAAGGAUAAACAGAGCUAGGCAAAUGGAAACACCUGAGCUACUGCAGAUAUUGAGAGGCACUCCAGAAAAAUACUGCCCUACGGAGUAUCAUAAUAUGACGGCGGCAGGGAUCGGAACCUUAGUGAUGGAAUGGCUCGAAGAAAUGGAUGGUGUUCGAGUCAAAUCCGGGAAACUGCAGGGAUCCUUGAGUGGAAAAAUGAAGAACCACAUUAUAGGCAUCAAAAGUGCAGUCAGAGUGCUAGUUAACAAAGCGGAAGCGUCAGGAGAUCCCGGCUUCUGGAGAGCUAGACACUCCAGCAUCACUAAGGAGUUGCAAGAUCACAAGAAAGAAGAAAAUAGAUCUAAGAAGGAGAUAGAAGAAGCAAAUAAAAAGAUCAAGAAAUUGAAAGAAGAACUGGAAAGAGAAAAAGAACAAAACAAGAAAAGAGAAGAACAAAGUAAGCAAAUAAAGAGUGAAAAUAUCAAAGAAAGAACACCAGUGAAACAAGAUAGAUCUCUGACACCGGCAAUGAGACCACCCAUUAGAGGGAGCUCAACACCAUUGCCAGAAAUAAGUGACAUGGCAGAAAUAGAACUAUUUGAGCAACAAAAUAUAGACAUACAAAUUGCCCAAUUAGUCCAGAGGAAAAGAGAUAUAGUCCGCGAAAAGACAGAAGAGAAAGAGAAAAGAAAAGCUACAUACAGCGAGAUACUCAAAGGGAACUCGUCUCAACCCUGCCAACAGAGGGCAGUACAAGAGACGAGAAAGGAGAGAGGAAUGCCCCCACCCCGCCAACCAGGGACGGUACAGGGGACCGAAAAAGGAACAAGGCGCAGAAGACCUCCGAGAACUGCGGCCGUAGCCAUCAAAGGAUUUGAUGAGAAAUUCUCAUAUGCACAAGCCCUAAGGAUAGCCCAAGAAAAAAUAGAACUGUCGGACCUGAAGAUUUAUAAAUCUAGAGUAAGGAAAGCAGCAAACGGAGGCGUGAUUGUGGAGAUACCUGGUCCACAAGGAUCCGACAAAGCGGACAACCUCGCUAAGAAACUUAGCGAAGUCAUGAGUGGAUACGCGGAAGUAACGCGGCCCACAAUUAAAGGGGAGAUCAUCAUAUCUGGAUUCGAUGAAUCGGUGACUGCAGACGACAUCUUCGAAUUAGUGUCGAGGUUAGGCGGAUGCAGAAACGAGCAGAUCAAAGUUGGUGCUAUUAGGAGGCUGCCCAAUGGAAACAACAUGGUGUGGGUGCAAUGCCCAGUGGACGCGGCAAUCCUGGUAGCCGAGAAGAAGAGACUGAGGAUCAGGUGGACUACAGCUCGGGUGGAAAUGUUACAAAAACGGCCCACCCAAUGCUACAAGUGUUGGCGGAAAGGGCACAUACGCAAUAAUUGUCCAUUUAAGGAAGAUUAUAGCAAGGUGUGCUUUAGAUGUGGCGGCAACGACCACCCUGUAAAAAUAUGCACAGCCGACAUCAAAUGCAGAGUGUGCGCAGACAAAAACCUAAGCGCCAAUCAUCGAGUUGGAUCCAACAAAUGCAGCCUGGACCAAGACGAAAGGAGAGAGAGUAUACGAAAGGAAACCCAGCAAGAGCCGGAUCGGAGAGUAGCGGCUCCACCUGUGUCGCAGGAUGAUUACAGCACUACAAUGUAA